CCCAAGAAAAGAACUGCCUAGCAGCCAACAGCAAGUCCCCAGCUGGAACACAGCUGGGGUAACAGACAAAAUGGACAAAUAUGAAAAGUUACACAGGAUAGGAGAAGGAUCCUAUGGAGUGGUGUUCAAGUGCAGAGAUAGAGAGACUUCCCAAAUUGUUGCCAUUAAAAAGUUUGUGGAGUCAGAGGAAGACCCAUUAAUUAAAAAAAUUGCUAUGAGGGAAAUUCGAAUGUUGAAGCAAUUAAAGCACCCUAACCUGGUAAACCUGAUUGAAGUAUUCCGACGGAGAAAACGGCUUCAUCUAGUGUUUGAAUAUGUAGACCACACAGUUCUGAAUGAACUGGACAGACACCCACGAGGGAUGCCAGAGAGAAUGGUUCAGAGAAUCAUUUAUCAGACAUUGCUGGCAGUUAACUUCUGUCAUAACCACAACACAAUUCACCGAGAUGUGAAGCCUGAAAAUAUUUUAAUAACACGACAAGGUCAGGUCAAGUUGUGUGACUUUGGGUUUGCAAGAGUUUUGACGGGACCAGGCGGAGAAUACACAGAUUAUGUGGCAACUCGAUGGUACCGGUCACCUGAGCUGCUAGUGGGGGACACUCAGUAUGGACCACCUGUGGAUGUAUGGGCGAUUGGUUGUGUCUUUGCUGAACUAUUCACUGGACAAGCCAUUUGGCCAGGAAGAUCUGAUGUUGACCAAUUAUACCUCAUUCAAAGAACACUAGGUGACCUUAUACCAAGACAUAUAGAGAUUUUUUCCAACAAUGCUUUCUUCAAAAAUAUGAGCAUACCAAAACCUGACAGACUAGAGCCAUUAGAAGAAAAAUAUUCAACGAUGAGUUCAUUGGCAUUAAACUUUCUGCAGAACUGUUUAAGGAUGGACCCAGCAGACAGAAUGACGUGCUUACAGCUCAUUCAGCAUCAGUAUAUGGAUUCCAACGGGGAAUCUGGGGUGGACUUUGUUAAAAACCGACAUGAUAAACUAGAUCCUGCUACAAGGAAGACCCUGAACAAAUCACGGACAAGUAACUAUCCUGCACCAUUCCAGCCCCUUCCACAGUUAACAGGGUUUACAGUAGGCCCAGUCCACUCAUAUUCCCCCAUACCAAAUCCCAAGUAUCAAACAACAGGCAAGCCUAGACCAAGAUUUGACCAUUUGCCAAACAUCUGA